AUGAGGUACGUCAAUUGUGCUCGCAAUGAAGAGGAACAGAACCUAAUAGCGUUUCAGCACAAAGGAGGAAUUCCUUAUCGCACCUGUGGCCUCGUGACUUCAGGAGCAGAGCUCUUGGUCUGGUAUGGGGACGAAUACGCCAGACAUCUGGGAAUCGGAUUUGAUCGACUGUGGAACAACAAGAGCUCUACUAAAGGAGGGAAAUCCCAGCUGACACCAGCACAGGCUUUCCCCUGUCCCGAGUGUCCGUACUCCUACACGUCUCAGAUCUUCCUCCACAAACAAAUGAAGAGGAGCCAUGGCGACCUGUACGGCCGACUGCUGAGGAGUGGAGAAAUCAAGGUGGAGCCUAGUCUCCUCCCAUACGUCGCAGCCUCCUAUCAAGAACCGAUCGGAGCCUCCCCGGGAACCGUCCAAAGCACGAGCCAGAUUCCAGCAGAAGGAGCCGGACAUUACAGAUGGCACAUGAACGGUUAA